GGGAUAAAUUCCCUAAUGGCUAGAAAAAUGGUUUGACGUUUGGUUUUCAAUUUUUCGCAUGUUAUUCAAGAAUGAGGGGUUAAAGGACAACGUGAUGAUUCAUCUGCGUCCAAACAAUGGAUUAUAAAAUUUGGCUAAUUGCUUUCCAAUGAACAAGUAGCUCAACCACCAGUGUGAUGUUCAAUGCCUCGAAGAAGAGUUAUUCAAUCGUGAAUAAUGACAAUAAUUUAUCAAACGAAGAUGUACUCCCCCACGACCGACGUAGUGGACCAACUGCCCUCAGUGGACCGAGUGACCAACUGGGACAUUGCUGGCUUUGUCAUAUCUAUAAUAAGCCACAUUCUGGACGUGAUUUUCGACUGUAACAUUGCCUACCGAUAUUACGUCCACCAACAAUUCGCCUAUUUCUUCACCACUCUGGGGUUCAUACUCGUCCCAGCCUUUGUAAAUACUGUCUUCAGUAUCAGGAUGUACAUGCUAGAUAAAGAUAGUGAUAGGAGCGCAACUCUGACUGAUAAAUUUACCAAAAGGAGAUUAUGCUGUUUCGCUGUGUUGAUAUUUCAAUUAGCGCCAGUCUUGCGAUACUUUGAUGCCUUGCAAUACGCCAUCAAAUCAAAGAAAGCCGAAAAGAACAAGGACCAGGAGAAUCAGCGGAAGUACUACGAACUUAUGGUCAAAGAAGACUCGGAUGUCGCCCUGUUGAGGGUCCUUGAGUGCUUCCUUGAAGCGGCCCCCCAACAAAUCUUACAACUCGCAAUUAUUUUCAGUACAAAUAGCAACGAUCAGGACAGCUUAGACAACAGUGAUACUUUUACCUUGGUCCAUCAAUUGUUAUCAAUUGGUAGUUCGUUUGUUAGUAUGGCGUGGUCAAUGGCCUCUUAUCAGAGACUGUUACGUGUCUCUCUCAAAAACAAAAACAACAUCUCAUGGCCAGGGACACUAGUCCAUUUCAUGUGGCACUUCCUAGUCACAGUUUCAAGGAUCCUGUGUAUCAGUGUGAUAGCAUCCAAGUACUUGGUGCCUACGAUUCUGGUGAUUGUUCUCCACUGGUUCGUGAUGACAAUGUGGCUGUCUUGUACGAACCAAAAAAAUAAUUUUUGUAAACAUAACAAGGUCUAUGACAUGUUUUUCUACUCAAUUUUUGGUACUGUGUAUAUUUUCACGCCAGUUACGUUAGUCGAAGGCCCGACUUUUCUGAAAUAUGUUUUCUUUUACGUCGUGCUGUUUGUAGAAAAUACGAUAGCUAAUGUUGUGUGGUACUGUAAUGCUGAUACUACUCUGCAGAAACAGAUUUAUUAUACACCUAUUGUGUAUUUGAACGUUAUUCCGUUUUUUGCGGGACUGACGUUCAUGUUGCUGUACUAUAAAGUCUUCCAUCCUAGCACAGGGUAUCACAGGACACAAGCUGUCCUUCCUAGUUAAUAAUCAAGGAUCAAAGAGGAGUAGGUGAAUAUUUUUCUGCAGUGACUCUGAUCUCCAAGUACGUACUCAAAUGAAUCCUCUUUGGUUUUUAGUUAUAAUUUUAUUAACAAUGUGAUGUCUAAUUUAUUGUGUUAGUAGAAUUGAUGUGUAUUUUACUAAGUAGGAAUGGCCAAAGUAUGUCAAUUAGUUGUAUUUUUCCUAUUGAUUUGUGUUUGUUGGUGCAAUAUUUAGUUGAAUUGGUCCAGUUUUGAGAUUAUUUUAGUUGUAUGCACAAUUGUGGCGAUGGAAUCGAGCUCCAUGACUUAGCAAGUUGUAACCUUCAUAAAACCAGUGCCUUAAUUUAUACUUAACUUAUUCGAAAAUAAAAACUUUCAAUUUA